UGCCUGAAAUCACAUAUACCACAACAUGUCCACAACACGGAUUUUCAGUGGAAAACAAACACCUUGUCCCAGUGUUGUAAAUGAAAUAAGAGCUCCAGAUUAAGAUAAUCCAUGUUUCAGAAUAAAACAGGGUGCUUUCUUUGGCAGAAAAAUAAAAUACAUCUGGCCUAAAUGGAAUUAAACAAGACCUUAGGCUCCUUUUCUCCAUGCAAAGCCACUUCCCCAGAAGGUGUGUUCAGAUGAUGCUAUAAAGGGACCCCAAGAUGCUCAUACCCACACUUUGAUUUAGAAAUGGCCAUACAGAGUUUGCUGCAGUACGUGGGCUCUAGCUUGUUGCUCUUUCUGGCAGCAGGUCUGGUUGCUCUCCUUUACUUUGUUACCAGCUUGAAGAAGUCUGUUUGCAGCUUGCCUCCUGGGCCACGUCCUCUUCCUCUGAUUGGAAACCUGAAUGUGGUGGACCUGAAAAAGCCGUUCCAGUCGCUGACAGAGCUCUCCAAGAUAUACGGCAAUGUCUUCACUGUGCAUUUUGGACACAGGAAAGCUGUGGUACUGGCUGGCUAUGAAACCAUCAAGGAUGCCCUUUUAAAUCAUGCUGAAGAAUUUGGAGAGAGGGCAGAAAUACCCAUAUUUAGGAAAAUGACACAAGGAAAUGGCAUAGCGUUCAGCCAUGGAGAGCUAUGGAAAACUAUGAGAAGAUUCACCUUGUCCACACUGCGAGAUUUCGGAAUGGGAAAGAGAACCAUUGAGAUACGAAUCCUGGAGGAAGUAAAUUCCCUUAUCAAAUAUUUUGAAUCCUAUCAUGGGAAACCGUUUGACACAAAAAUGGUACUCAACAGUGCUGUGUCCAAUGUCAUCUGCUCUAUAUUGUUUGGAGAGAGGUUUGAAUAUGAUGAUCCUGUAUUUCUGACUUUGCUGAAGCUGAUGAAUGAAAAUACUAAGCUGUUGGGCUCCCCUAUGGUGCUGUUAUAUAAUUUCUACCCAUCCCUUGGAUUUCUCUCUGGAGCUUCCAGGACUGUGCUGAAAAAUAUCAGUGAACUGAAUGCUUUCCUCCAGAAGCAAUUCCAGGCACACAAGGAAGAGUUUAAUGAAAAUAACUUAACAGGCUUUGUUGAUGCCUUUCUGAUGAAGCAACAACAGGAGUCAAAGAAAGCCCAAACUAUGUUCAGCAAUGGAAACUUGAUGUUUUCAACCCUGGACCUCUUUGCUGCUGGGACUGAGACUACUUCUACAACUGUGCGCUGGGGUCUUCUUCUGAUGAUGAAAUACCCAGAAAUUCAGAGAAAGAUUCAGGAAGAAAUGAACCACGUCAUUGAACCAGGAGAGAUGCCUAAGUUGGAGGACCGGAAAAAAAUGCCUUACACAGAUGCAGUGAUACAUGAAAUACAAAGGUUUGCCAAUAUUGUCCCAAUGGGUGUAUCACGAUCAACUCCUAACGAUGUGAAUUUCCAAGGCUAUGUGAUUCCUAAGGGUACAGAGAUUAUUCCACUGCUGACCUCUGCUCUGAAUGAUGAGUUACACUGGAAAACCCCAGACCAGUUCAACCCUUCCCACUUCCUGGACGCCAAUGGGAACUUCAGUAGGAGAGAAGCAUUUAUUCCAUUCUCUAUAGGACGAAGGGCUUGUGUUGGAGAAGGACUGGCCAAAAUGGAGCUGUUCCUCUUCUUUGCUGGCUUGCUCCGCAAAUUUGUUUUCCGGCCCCCUCCAGGAGUGGACAAGUCAGACCUGGAUCUCACUGCUGAUGUUGGCUUUACCUUGAAUCCCAUGCCUCACCUGGUUUGUGCUGUGCCCUAUGAAUGACCAAACAACAUGGAGUUCGAGUAGUGAGCACUUCAAGCUUGAAAGCAAGUGUAGUUAAAGGGAAAAAAGCUGUUUGUACCU